CUCCCUGAUACAGAACUUAAAGAACUUUCAGGCUCCAUUUCAGCUCCACAGGCUCCAGAACCAGACGUUGAUGCUAAAUCUAGAAAGGCAAGCUGGACAAUGCCAAGAUUUUCAUUUUCAAAGCCAAGUGUGAAGGCACCAGAAGCUGAACUCAACGUUGAGGGCCCAAAAGUUGAUGUUUCGAUUCCUGAAGGAACCGUGGAAGUCAAACAACCAGAAGGUGAUGUGCAGUUAGAUGGUCAGAAAAGCAAGUUCAAGUUUCCAAGUCUUGGAUUCAAAGGGCCUGAAAUUGAUUUAAGUAUGUCGAAGAAAGAUGUUGAUGUGAAACUACCAGAGGUGAAGGCUGAUGUGAAACUUCCUGGUGUUGAAGUGAAGAAACCAUCUGCUGAAGUAGAAAUUAAAUCUCCUGAGAUCAAACUUCAAACAAAGGAUACAGAUGGAUCGCCAUCCAAAUUUAAGAUGCCGACAUUCAAGAUGCCAAAGUUUGGAGGAGGUAGCCCAAAUGUCUCAGUUGAUGUCCCUGAUAUGGACAAAGACAUGAAGCUGGAAGGAGCUGACAUUAAGAUUCCUGAGGACGUUUUGACAGUGGAAGUUGUAGCACCGAGCAUUAAGACAAAAGGUCCAUCAAUUGAUAUAAAAAUGGCUGAAACUGAAAAAGAGAGAAGAGGAAGCAAGUUUAAAUUUCCAAGUCUUGGAUUUAAAGGGCCUGAAAUCGAUUUAAGUGCAUCAAAGAAAGAUGCUGAAGUAAAACUACCAGAGGUGAAGGCUGAGGUCAAACUCCCUGAUGUUGAGGUGAAACAGCCUUCUGCUGAAGUGGAAAUCAAAUCUCCCGAGAUCAAGUUUGAAACAAAAGACACAGAUGGGUCUCCAUCCAAAUUUAAGAUGCCAACAUUCAAGAUGCCCAAGUUUGGAGGAGGUAGUCCAAGUGUCUCAGUUGAUGUCCCCGAUAUGGACAAAGACAUGAAGCUGGAAGGAGCUGACAUUAAGGUUCCUGAGGAAGUUCUGACAGUGGAAGUCGUAGCACCGAGCAUUAAGACAAAAGGCAACUGA